UGUAUUGAAAAAGGAAAGGGAAAGGGAAAGUGAAAGACAAUGGCAAGAAUACGAGUGACAUUCAAGGAAUGAUAGCAUGCGAGAGAGAGAGAGAGAGAGAGAGAGAGAGAGAGAAUGAAUAAAAUAAAUUUGCCUUUCAUUCCUCAUGUAUUCUCCAAUCUUUUUGGCUUCCCUUUACAUCCCCUCUCAUAAGUCAAAAGCAGAGACAAGCUUCAUAUCAAAGACACCUUCUUGGCUCAAUGGAUCUGACCCUCUGAGGGAAACCCAAUUAGAUCUUUGUUGAUUUUUGUGUACAUUUUGCAAAUUUGGUUCUUGGGUGUUUAUUGGAUUUGUGGGUACUUGUUGGAUUUGUGAUGGGGUGGAGAUACAAGGCGGGUUUGUUCCUAAUUGCUGCUGUUGUUAUCAUCUGGGUAUCCUCUGCAGAAGUCACCCAGGGUAUUUUUACGGAUUAUAAGCAGCCGUUUGCGGUUACCUAUCUUGGAGCUUCUUUAAUGGUAGUCUACCUCCCAAUAGCAUUCAUUAAGGACUGUAUAUGUACUAUGAUAAGAAAACGCUCGUGUAAAAAUGGUAGAAGUGCAGCAAUUAGCAGUGGGUCCCCUGCUGGAGUAAGCUCCCCUUUAAAGCUCAUUGGGGUGCAUAAAAUCUUUGAACUGGAACUUGAAGGCCCUUUGAAUAGAAAAGACAGUGAAGUGGACCUUUCUUCCCAGGAAGAGGGAAUGCCAUUAGUUACUAAACACAGUGAUGAUGCAGACAUGUUAAAGCCACAUAAAGAGCUUACAAACAGGGAGGUUGCUGCUUAUGGAUUUUACAUUGCCCCUAUCUGGUUUAUUACAGAGUAUUUCUCAAAUGCUGCACUUGCACGUACAAGUGUUGCAAGUACAACAGUAUUAUCCUCAACUUCAGGACUAUUUACUCUUUUUAUUGGUGCAUUUCUUGGCCAAGAUUCCCUGAACAUGACAAAGGUGGUUGCUGUAUUUGUCAGUAUGGCUGGUGUUGCAAUGACAACUCUAGGGAAAACUUGGGCCGCAGAUGAUUCUCAAUUGGAUACUUCUGGGAAUGGAAAACGGUCUCUCGUUGGAGAUCUUUUCGGCCUUCUCUCAGCUAUGUCGUACGGGCUAUUUACUGUUCUACUUAAAAAGUUUUCUGGUGAGGAAGGAGAAAGGGUUGAUGUGCAAAAGUUGUUUGGAUAUAUUGGAUUGUUUACACUUGUAGCACUAUGGUGGCUUGUAUGGCCAUUAACAGCCUUGGGAAUUGAACCGAAGUUCACCUUGCCGCAUUCCGCCAAAUUGGAUGAAGUUGUUAUUGCCAAUGGAUUUGUCGGGAGUGUUCUUUCUGACUACUUUUGGGCAUUGUGUGUGGUUUGGACAACUCCAUUGGUGGCCACUUUGGGGAUGUCUCUCACCAUCCCACUUGCUAUGGUAGCCGACAUGGUGAUUCAUGGCCGUCAUUAUUCAGCCAUCUAUAUUCUUGGUUCAGUUCAGGUAUUUGCAGGAUUUGUAAUAGCUAACCUUUCCAAUGGGUUCUCCAAAAACUUGGGAUUUUAGCAUUUCAUGAAAUCCUUCUUAUUUACUUUGUCCACCAUAAUUUUUGUUGUGUUUCAUACUCAGCCGUGUUGAUUGAAGCCCAUAUGCUAGUAUAUAGUCAAUAAUGUAUAGGCCUAGGGAGUUGUUCUGGGCAUCUGCAACUAUAGAGAAGAUGAAGAAUGUCUGUUGUUGAGAAAAGAGGUUCUGAGUGAGGCCUUCUCUUCAUGGUUUGACUGCUAUGCCUGAUACGUAACAUAUGGAUUUUGUUUUAAGUUCUUUCUCUGGUGCUGCUGCUUGUUGUAUUGCUGUUCCAUGGACUCUAAGAAGGUGAAUUACAUUGAUUUUUUGUACAAAUCUUCGUAACGGGUUGCUACCCGCCAUUUUGUUUUCAAAGUUUGAGGACAUCGUACGGCGACUGUUUGUUUAUUUUGUUUUCAAUCGACUCUACUUGUUCCGAGUAA